AGAGCGCGCGGGCGGAGGCUGGCAGGGGGCGCUGGAGGCAGCAGCCGCCCGAGCGCGCCUGGCGCCCGGAGGUGCAGGUGGCUCUGAACCCGCGGCCGCGCCGCCACCCUCCGGGGCCCGGGCGGCGGCGGGGCGGGCAGCUGGGGGGGCGUCGCCGGCCCCUUUGUUCUCGCGCGCUCCCCCUGGCCGCCCACUCCCCUGCUGUCGCGCGGCGGCGGCGGCUCCUCCCGCCCGAGGCAGUCGGGCUCGGCGCCGGGGGCGGCAGGGGGCGGGGGGAGCGCGCCCGCCGCCGGGAGUGGGGGGCGAUGGCGAAGCUCCGGGUGGCUUACGAGUACACGGAAGCCGAGGACAAGAGCAUCCGGCUCGGCUUGUUUCUCAUCAUCUCCGGCGUCGUGUCGCUCUUUAUCUUCGGCUUCUGCUGGCUCAGUCCCGCGCUGCAGGAUCUGCAAGCCACGGCGGCCAACUGCACGGUGCUGUCGGUGCAGCAGAUCGGCGAGGUGUUCGAGUGCACCUUCACCUGUGGCGCCGACUGCAGGGGCACCUCGCAGUACCCCUGCGUCCAGGUCUACGUGAACAACUCCGAGUCCAACUCCAGGGCGCUGCUGCACAGCGACGAGCACCAGCUCCUGACCAACCCCAAGUGCUCCUAUAUCCCUCCUUGUAAGAGAGAAAACCAGAAGAACUUGGAAAGUGUCAUGAAUUGGCAACAGUACUGGAAAGAUGAGAUUGGUUCCCAGCCAUUUACUUGCUAUUUUAAUCAAUUUCAAAGACCAGACGAUGUGCUCCUGCAUCGCACGCAUGAUGAGAUUGUCCUCCUGCACUGCUUCCUCUGGCCCCUGGUGACAUUUGUGGUGGGCGUCCUCAUUGUGGUCCUGACCAUCUGUGCCAAGAGCCUGGCAGUCAAGGCAGAAGCCAUGAAGAAGCGCAAGUUCUCUUAAAGGGGAGCCAGCUUGUGGGAAGCAAAGCACAGAAGCUGCACUCACCUGCACACAUCUCCCUGCAGAGCCUGCUCCCCAGCGCAGGAGAUGGAAGGGGCUGUGAGAGGUCUCUGAGAGGCUCCCCCUCAAUAACGGCAGAAACAGGCACAACUGGAAGACUUGGAACCUCAUAGAUGGUUUCCAUGGGUCGUAGUGAUGGCUAAAGGGCCAGGCUCUGAGCUGUGUGGAGUAUCCAUUUCAGAAAAUCCUAUAGAAGUUAAUUUUCUUUGGGAAGUAACAGUAUAUAAUUGUACAGUGUAGAAUACAAACCAUUAUGAUUUAUGCUACUUAAAAAUAUUAAAAUAGAGUGGUCUGUGUUCUUUUGUAUUUCCUUUUUUAUGCUUAGAACACCAGGGUUUUAAAAAAGGGUCUUAUGGGUUUCAUUUGAUUUUGCUAGAUUAAACUUUUACUUGGAGACAGGGAUUCCUGCACAAGUCUUGACCUCACAAUGUAAUCCCCAGUUUCCAUUAUUAAAGAGCACCUUUUGACUCCUGUUUGAAAAAGGAAAACUGUACUGUUAACUCAGUCUCCAGUCACUUCUGUGACUCUUCAGCAAGGAACCCUCAAUGAUCAGGCAAACAUUCUCCAACACUUGCCUUUACCUCUGCAUUUUUUUCACCAGAUUAUUUCUUCAGAGAGGGCGAUGAUUCUGAACAAGGCCUGUCCUAGCUCUAAGAGCACUGUGCCUCUUUAGUCAUCUGUUCAGGUUAUUUCUGAUGGAUCUUAGCUCUGUGCGAUAAAAUGUACGUGAUGUGAAGGCCACCUUUCAGCUUAGUUACAUGCUGUUUUCAUUUCUUUUUUCUUUUAGGUCAGGAAAAAAAUAGUCAAAAUCAGUUAAGUAUUUUAUUUUUAUUUUCUUUGUCCUUGCCUUGAUGUUUUCAACAUUAAAACGAGAAUAUUGCUGCAGUUGUUUCAUUUGCUUGGACAAACCUGGAGAUGCAAGCCAGCUCACAUCACUCUGCUGAUGAGCUCUCUGUGCCUUUAUUGAAAGUUCCUGGAAGAGAUCAUACUUCUUUGCAUCUGUUCAUAAACUCCAGAUUCCAAAUAUCAAUCACAGGUGUCCGUGAAUAUCAAGUCUACCCUAUUUAUUUACCAUGUAGAAUCAAACCUCUGUUUAGAUGAGAUGUACAUUUUUGACUGAGGAAAAACUGACAACAUAAAUUCUUUUUGCUUUCUUCUAGUAUUCUUCAGACGUGCUUCUAUUAGAAUAAAAGCAAACUGGAAUUUAAGGACAAGCUUCCCUCAGUUAUUUGCUCAGCAUUCUAAGAAAGAUAUGUAUUAGUGGAAUGAUGACUUCCUGACUUUUAGUCCACAUACCAAUGUUUUUUUUAAUUUUAGAAAGCAAGUAACUGAGAGAGAUGUUGUCUUCUGUGGAAGAUUAUGGUGUUGAAUGAGUAUGAUA